AUGAAGUCGACGUCCAACUUGGCGCCGCUGGAGUUGGCCAUGUCCGAGCAAGACGGAGACCUCCUGCGUGAGCUCGCAGAGACUCUCGCCGUGCACAACAUCCAGCAGUACAACACGCUGCUCAAGACGAAGGACGGGUUCGCGGACAACCGCUGCUGGAAAGAGCUGCGGCGUAAAGACGGCGUGCGCAUCUAUCGAGAGCGCAACCGGUACAACGGACUGCCGUCGACGCCGUCGUUGCUUCUUCUUGGGACCGUGGACGGUACGCUGGACGACGUCAUGUACGGGACGGUGGCCACCACAGACGAGGCGAUUCGCAUCAAGUCCACGUGCAUCCAGGACGGGGUCAUUGACAGCAAAGUGCUCCACGAGCUGGUGCGACCCACAGUGGAAGAUCCGUUCCACCACGUGAGUGUCAAGUGGUGCCUCUACAACAACCAGCGCGACUACGUGUCGCUGGACACCACUGGCAUUGCGUACACGGUCAAGCGCGAGCGAAUUGGGUACAACAUUUCGCACUCGGUGGCGUUUGCGCAGAUCCCUGGCAUGGAGGACACGCACGGCAUCGAGCGUGGCAACAUGUCGGUGUGCUCGCUUUACUUGCAGAAGACCGCGACGACCGUCGAGUGCUACGUGCGUGGCUUCUUUGACUUCCACACACAGAACGAAAUGGUCAACACGAUGUCACUGCAGGCCAUAGCGGCGCAGUGGGCGUGCUAUACGCGCAAGCGUCGUUGCGCGCUAAUGAAGAAAUUGGUGUGGCGAAUGCGCAAGCGAUCGGGCUGCACGGCGUCGCUGUCCAUUAACGGCGACCGGCUGUCGUAUAUCCAGGAGACAUCAGCCCCGAAUAGGAACAAGUGUGCCCUGUGUUCACGAAGGUUUGGCUUCCUGGGCACGAGCUGUAAAACCUGCAAGAGCUGUUUACGUCAAGUGUGUUCGCGAUGUAGCUCCAAACAACUCGUCUGCGUCGUGGCUCCAGACCAGCGCUCUGUGCUUGAGAAAAAGCGAAGCUUUUGCUCCACUUGUCUUGUAGAAGCAGCCGACAGCGACGCGCUGGAAGUGGCACGGGAGGAGCUGGCCAGCUCCAAAGUGUACCAUGAAAUUUGCGUGGCUAAAGCCAAGGGAAUGGCGCGACCAUCGAGGACUAGUUUUAUGCAGAGUGCAGUCUCCCGCCACAGCGGGAUCAAUUGUCAGAGUUGUAUUGGUAGGAAAUCCAUGGCAAUGUAG